UGUUCUGGAGAAGAGAGAAUAAUUCUCAUGUCCGUGAAAUGUAGCUACUGGAAAGCAAAUAAGUUCUUCCUGUCCAUGGUAGAAAGAACAAAGAAAUUGGAGGCUUAAAUUACAGCUUGCCACUGCCUGUCUGUCACACCUGCCUCUCCCAAAGCUGUAGGAAUGUUUCCUUCAUCCAUUCCUGUGUUCUCCCAGCAAAAGUGGCUCUGGCAAGGAGUUCAAACACUUCCAUUGGGGAUGGGAGAUGGACAACUCUUCACCUGGACAGAUGGCUUGAAAAGGAAGGACUGGCAUGAUUAUGAAAGCAUUCAAAAAGAUGCUAUGCGUUCAGGGAAAGGUGAACAUGGAAAGCCGUACCCACUUACAGAGGAAGACCAUGAUGACUCUGCUUACAGGGAAAAUGGCUUCAACAUAUUUGUUAGCAACAAUAUAGCACUGGAGCGCUCCCUGCCAGAUAUCCGACAUCCGAACUGUAAGCACAAGGUCUACUUGGAAAAGCUACCAAAUACUAGCAUAAUUAUCCCAUUUCAUAAUGAAGGCUGGACUUCACUCUUACGAACAAUACACAGUAUUAUCAACCGCACUCCAGACAGCCUGAUAGCAGAAAUCAUUCUUGUGGAUGACUUCAGUGACAGAGAACAUUUAAAAGAGAAGCUGGAGGAAUACAUGCUCCGUUUUGCCAAAGUGAGGAUUGUGCGUACCAAGAAACGAGAAGGUCUCAUUCGGACCAGACUGCUAGGAGCCUCGCUGGCUAGAGGAGAAGUCUUGACAUUUCUGGAUUCCCAUUGCGAAGUCAACGUGAAUUGGCUGCCUCCCUUGCUUAACCAGAUUGCACUAAACCACAAAACCAUCGUGUGUCCUAUGAUCGAUGUCAUUGACCACAAUCACUUUGGCUACGAGGCACAGGCGGGGGAUGCCAUGCGAGGAGCUUUUGACUGGGAGAUGUACUACAAAAGAAUACCGAUUCCACCAGAGCUCCAGAGAGCUGAUCCCAGCGACCCCUUCGAGUCUCCUGUUAUGGCUGGAGGACUAUUUGCUGUUAACCGAAAAUGGUUUUGGGAGCUGGGAGGCUAUGAUCCAGGAUUAGAAAUAUGGGGAGGAGAGCAGUAUGAAAUCUCCUUUAAGGUGUGGAUGUGUGGAGGUGGCAUGUUUGAUGUUCCAUGUUCUAGAGUUGGGCAUAUCUACAGGAAGUAUGUCCCUUAUAAAGUUCCCUCUGGAACCAGCCUAGCACGAAACCUGAAGCGCGUGGCAGAGACGUGGAUGGAUGAGUUUGCAGAAUACAUUUACCAGCGACGGCCCGAGUACAGGCAUCUCUCAACUGGUGAUAUCUCUGCCCAGAAGGAACUUCGCAAGCACCUUAAAUGCAAAGAUUUCAAGUGGUUCAUGGCUGCAGUGGCUUGGGAUGUCCCCAAAUAUUACCCUCCUGUGGAGCCUCCACCUGCUGCCUGGGGGGAGAUUCGAAACGUGGCAGCCAAUCUCUGUGUGGACAGUAAACAUGGAGCCACAGGGACUGAGCUGAGGCUAGACAUUUGUGUGAAGGAUGGCUCAGAACGGACAUGGUCACAUGAACAGCUCUUCACCUUUGGUUGGAGAGAGGACAUCCGCCCCGGGGAACCACUUCACACCAGGAAGUUCUGCUUUGAUGCCAUUUCGCACAGUAGUCCUGUCACACUGUAUGACUGUCACGGGAUGAAGGGAAACCAGCACUGGAGCUAUAGGAAGGACAAAACUUUGUUCCAUCCGGUAAGCAACAGCUGCAUAGAUUGCAACCCAGCUGAGAAGAAGAUUUUCAUGAACAGAUGUGAUCCUUUAUCUGAAACUCAACAGUGGAUGUUUGAACAUAUUAAUAUGACUGUUUUAGAAAAAUUUAACAGCAAGGCCAGUUCCUAGGAAAAAAGCAAACAAAACAAAAAAAGCCAAUUACGUACAGACUGCAGACUACUUUUUUGCCAGCAUCUGGGUCAAAGGAGUCAGGAAUUACAUUUCCUAGAUCCAGGAAAUCUAUUCUGAGGCUUAAGAAAAUGCCACAGCAAAAGCCAACAGGCUGUCCUUGUGGAUGUACAGUAUCUGAAGAACUUGGUUGGGAGCCUCACCGGAUGCUGCUGAGAACUUCAGGCUGAAAAUUCCCUUGCUGGUCGAGGGGAAACUUUGUUUAAAAAUUAUUUAAAAGUACUCCAAGUUAAUAAAGUAAAACAAAACUCUAGAGUUUCUCAGGUCAAAUCCUGCUGUAGUGAGUAGCUCAGAACAGAUACUAUAAUUUGGGAUGGGUAUAUGGUGUGCAUGACCGCUGCAGGAACCUGAAGAAAUCCCAGGUUUUAGAAUUAAACAUGCUGGUGGAAGAAUAAUGAUGUCCCAGCACUCCCCAGACAAAAUAUAUGCUCUGCUGACAUUCUCUUAAUAAAAGGUUGGGUUAAGCGGGUUUAACCCUCAGAACUGCUGCAAUUAAUUUUAAAUACCUCCCUUUUACAUUCCAUUCAUUACCUAAAUAGGAAUGGUAGAAAUCUUAGGGUCUAGAAUUACACUGUAGUGAAGCAUGACAUAAACUGUAAAGUUUUGACCUCCCAUUUCUCCUCUUCAGUCAGGAAAAAAAGUAAAGCAAUCAAGCUGCUGUACAUGAUGCGUUUAUCAAAAGUGAUUCAAAUCCCACCGUCACACAAGCUGAGAUUUUUUCAGUGACAAAUAUAACGUCAGCAACUUCAGCAUAAUGAAAGGGAGUCUUCAUCCACGGUUGCUGUCCCUGCAAGGGGACAUUUUCCUUUCAACUUUGGCCUCGCUUGUUGUUCUCCAUCUGACCCUCUAUAGGCCAAAGCAGCUCGAUACUGACCAACUGUCCAGAUGAUCUGGUCCACUGUACAACUUUCUCUCAACUCACUCUUCACAGCAGUCCAGCCCACAAAAACUCACGCAGAGUUACCAGGCGUUAGGUAACCAAACAGAAAUGUGCAGUCCGUUCUGAGCCUCUGAGAUGUUUCUAUUUACCAAGUAGCCUUUCUGAUGGUCAGAGUGAUUUCCAGGCAUCUCUGUGAACAAACACCUUUUCCUGCAGGUAUCCUGCAAAAUAUCCAUUCCUCUCAUUUUUCUGAGAGUCUGGAAUACAGCCUUCACUUGCUGUUAAACAACAUUCAGGACAAAACAGUCUCUGGAGAUUCAACCAGUGUUUUUUAAAGGGCCAAGAAGGAUGGCUGGGGACAACUUUGUGUAAUCCCAAACAAGUAUGCUUGGUAGACAGUGCAGCCAGUGAUGAUCUGGGCUGUUAGGUGGGUGAUAGAGUUCAAUCAACAGGUAAGACAGAGUUGUCUAAUUUUCUGGGAAUUAGGAUAAAAUUCUUUGGUUAGAUGUUAUUUAGGAACUAUAGCUCUCUGAAAAAAUGGGAAAAUAUUUUCAGGUGUGUGCAUUUGAAGUAUUAUACAAUAGGCUAUAAUUAGUAACAUAUACAUUGUAAUAAGUAAAACAAAAACAUACACUUUUGUGCUAACUGGUCUAAGAUAGUUGGCUUAGGUGUUAAUAAACAACAGCUGUAGAAGUCUUGACCAACUUACUGAUGCAUUAAAGUAAUGUUUUAGUGACAUGCUUAAAGGAUUUACAGAGAGCACAUGCCUGUAAAUUACUAGACUGUAAUUAAGGACCUGAAUUAUGGAAUAAACAUUGUACACCUGUCCUAUUUUAUAUUUGGAUGUAUUAAGUUAUGGAAUACAAAGUAAAAGAUUGUUAAAGUACAGUUUCAAAAAUUACAGUGAUCUGAAUGAAUAAAUACCUCUCAGAAGU